ACUCUGUAGUCCACUAGACCACUCAGUUUUACACUAGUCCACUAGUCUACUCUGUAUUCCACUGGUCUUUUCUGUAGUCCACUGGUCCACUGGGUAGACUAUUAGUCCACUCUGUAUUUUACUAGUUGACUAGGUAGUCCACUGGUCCACUAGGUAGUCCACAAAUUUAGAUUAGAAGAAGUUUGGUGUGUGCAUGGUCUGAGGCCAGAAGCUAGUCUGCCGGCUUAAAGGCUGAGGAAACACGUCACAGACCUUUCUUCCACCCACUUUCAGCUGAACCAGUCACAUGAAGCUCCCUCAGGCUUCAGUUGGGUUAGUAUGCCUUGUUUCGUUUCUUGUAUCCCGCCCGUCUUCAGACGGCCCUUUACCAGGGUGUGUUGUGAAAGAGUGACAUAUUCACCAGUGGACUUUCAGUUGAAUUUUACUUCUACUAUAUUUUGAAAGUUGAUAUCUGGAUCAUGGCAGCUCAGGGAGAAGGUUAUGCUGUUAAUCUGCUACGCAUAGGAUAUAGGCUACUGAUAAACUUUAUCUCUGAGCGUCUUCAGCGCACAUUGGAAAUUGAUGCUGCAGUAACCAAAAACCUGUUGGACGAGACGGAAGAGGUGCCUGAUCCCAACAUUAAGAAAGUUGGACAGCGUCUACAGCAGUUUGGAGAUGAACUGGACAAUGACACAGAAUUGAAAAAGAUGAUUAAUAACCUAAUGCCCACAAAAGAAGUGUUCCUGAAAAUCGCCUAUGAAAUCUUCUCUGACUGGAAGUUUAACUGGGGCAGGGUGGUGGCACUGUUCUACUUUGCUUGUGAGUUUGUCAAGAUGGUUCCUGAUAUCAUCAGUAACAUCAUCAGCUGGACUCUAGAAUUCAUGCGUGAUCAUGUGAUUGCAUGGAUCAGUGGACAGGGAGGCUGGGACGCAAUCCUCUCACAGAUUGAAGCACCUUCCUGGACAACUGUCACUGCAUUUGUGGCUGGAGUUCUCACUACUGCUCUCAUCGUAAACAAAAUGUGAAGAUGAGGGAGUCUGACCAUGAAGGAUAUAGCAGAUGGAGAGAGAGAUAGAGAGAUGGAGAGAAGAGAUGGAAAGAAGGAGACAAAAAAAGAGAGCGAUAAAGACAGCUGAUCAAGAGAACAAAGAGAUGUAGGAGAAGAGUGAGAAACAGCGUUGCAAAGACAAUGUUAGAACAAUACAAACGUUUAACAUGGCAGGUUGUGUAGAACUUCAGUCUUCAGAUGGAGUACAAGGUUUUGCCCUUCGCAAUAAAGGAGAGAUGUUGCCUUUAAUUGUGCAAUUCAAGUAUGUUCAGAGCUAGAACAGUUCAAAACCCUAAUGAUUUUUUUUUUCACAACUGACUUGUUUGAAUGCAAUGUAACAGCAUUUGCAGCAAUUUUACCAUGCCAAUUUACACACAACUUUAUAGCAUCGCUGUCCUUUGAAAAACAACUAUCUCCAUUUUUAAUGAUUUUUAGUUUAAUACAAAGAUUUUACAGACAAAAUGUCUUGAAAUAAACUCUUUUUCCAUUGACAUUUCAUUGACAGUUAAGAACAGAUGUGUGCAGACAUAGACAUCAGGUGGGGCUAAAGCACCACCAACUCUGCCCUUUGUCAACCAAAGUGCCCUUUUGAAACUUCGUUUAAAAAUAUAUAUAUAUAUUAUUAUUAGUAAGAUUUUACUGUGGCUGGUUUGAAAUGAUCUUUUGAAAGCCUGAGAGAUUUAAAACGAGUGAAAACAUAAUGCCCUGAAAUCAGCUCGCACACACCCGACCCUCUCUUCCUCUGCCGCGCGACGGCAACAGAUAGGCUUCUUCUCCCCCGUGUCCCACCAGCCAGGUAACAUACACAUCAAGUAAAAUCCUACCGUUUGCCCUCUAAGCCCAACAUGAAAUCAUUUUGUUGUGCAGUAAAAUGUCUCAUACAGCACCAAACUACUACGCAUCUUUUCCCGACUGGUCACCAGAUAAACUAGCCGCUCUACCCCAAAUCAAUGAUAGAUAACGUUUUUUUUUUUAUAAUGAAGUGUUCCGCAUGCGCUAAAAAGUGCCCUUUUCCCCCCCUGAGCACUUGCCCCCCAAAAUGUCUGUGCACGCCACUGGUUAAGAAGGUUUUAUCUCUUUCUUCUGUAAAGUUACUGUUUUGGAGACAGUAUGUGUUUUUCAUUUGACAGCAAAGAUAGACACACACAUACCCACACAUCUACAUCUUUUAGUCUCUUAGGUUAGUCAGUCAAAAGUAGCACUUUUAACUUAUUUGUUUAAUUUAAACCCAUAAUCUUCUGUCUGUUAAGGUCUUAAAACUCUAUCCAACAGUGGGCUCAUUUCUUGGGUUGGCAAAUUGUAAUAAAUAACGUUUAAUAUAAUAUUUUGCUGUUUUAUAUGAGUUUGUUAUUUACUGGAUACUAACUAGGGACACCUGCCAUUGCAUACCUUAUGUAUAUUUAAAUUGAAUUGUACCUACCUUGCUCUCAUUCCUGCCGCAGGACGCAAUAUUUAAUUGCCAAAUAAAAGACGUUCUGUAUUUUACAGGACAGGUGGCAUCCCUA